CACAAAGUCACGUCUAAAGCCACUUUGUCUCUCUGCAAAAAAUCCUUGGGAACACCAAACGACAUCAAAAACCUGUCGUUUCAUAUGCUCUCAGAUCCUUAAAUUCUCUCCCACUCCAAAUUCUCUGGGAAAAGGUCAACUUUUGAGUUCUCUCUGUCUCCGACUUUUGUUCUUCCUCUCCAAAUUCAUCGUUUUAGGUUGAAGUAAUUUAGUGAUGCAAAUUCUGAGUUUUUGGGGUUUAGUAUGAGAGCAAUUGAACAUUCUGUUGAAGAGGAACCUCUGAUUAAGAAAGCUAGAGUGAUUGAUAAGGUAGAGAAUUGUUACGAGCUUCCAAUGUUGUCGCUAAACGAAACAGCGGUUGAUGGGAAUGAACAAGUUUCUUUGUUAGAUGUUGAAGAGAAGACUGAGACUCCUGUUGCAUCAGGCGAUGGAAGCCGCAAGAAUGGCGAAGUUGAAUCGAAUGAGAGAAAGAUAGAAGAAGUUUCCGUAUUGAGUUUGGCAGAUCGAAAAGAUGUUGUUUCGGGUGGUGAAACUAUAGGAAAGCUUCCAGUUUUAGAGGUGGAAAAGAAUAAAGAAGCUUCUGUUAUAUCGGGUGGUACAAGAAGUGAUGAAGUUCCCGUGGUAGUGAACAACGAUUCUUGUGUUGCUUUGAGUGGAAUCAGAGGCGAGAGCGGAUCAAAUUCAUCGGUCUUAAAGAAAAAACUUCUUGUACUUGAUCUUAAUGGGUUGCUUGCUGAUAUAGUUACUCCUCUAAAAGAUGUUCCAGCGGACAUUAAUAUUGGAAGAAGAGCAAUUUUUAAGAGACCUUAUUGUGAUGAGUUUUUGAAGUUCUGUUUUGACAAAUUUGAAGUUGGUAUCUGGUCAUCGAGAAAACAGAAUAAUGUUGUAAGAAUCACUGAGUUCUUGCUUGGUGAUUUGAAGAAUAAACUUUUGUUUUGCUGGGACAUGUCUUAUUGUGCUACAACGACUGUUGGUUCCCUUGAAAAUAGGCAUAAAUAUGUGGUGUUCAAGGAUCUAAACCGGCUCUGGGAGAAACAUGACCCAAGACUUCCUUGGAAAAUGGGUGAUUACAACGAAACCAACACGGUUUUGCUUGAUGAUUCUCCUUACAAGGCUUUGCUUAACCCGCCAUAUACAGCAAUAUUCCCUCAUUCAUACAACCAUCAGAACAAAACUGACACAUCCUUAGGUAAUGGUGGUGAUCUGAGACUUCAUCUAGAGAAGUUGGUAGAAGCUGAAAACGUUCAAGAUUUCAUCAAGAACAACCCUUUCGGGCAAGAAGCUAUUACGGUUGCAAGUGAAUCUUGGGAGUAUUACAGAGAGGCCAUUCGUAUGCUACACAUAUCUUUUCAGACAUACAGAUUAAGAAACUUCAUACGGUAGAAAACAGAGGACUGGUGCAAGAUAUUUUGGGAAAAAAAAAAGAAAGAUUAACUCAAUCUGAUUGUUGGUGCUAUGUUCUUAUGUUGUUGUUACAGAUGUGUUGGUGUUUUAUUUUAGAAGUUGUUUAAAACAAAAGUAGUUGCUUUUUUUGGUUUAUUUUUCUUUUGUGUAGUUGCACUUAGAUCUGGUUUUGGAAUUCUUUCUGUUUGGUAUUUUUGAAAUGGUGCUAUAUAAUUUAUAACCUAUUUUGGUGGCCA